UGUUGAUUUUCGUAAUUCUAAUGUUACAUCCGAAUAAUGGUCCCAUUUAUAAUAUUUAAGCCCUUUCUGGCCUUCGCUUAUCCUUCUCACACCUACCACUAUAAGGAAAACCAACUUCGAGACUAGAGUGAAGCCAUGGAGGACGAGAGAAACUACAACACAUCUCCUUCGUCUUUCCCAUAUUUGAGCAAGCAGUUGGCGAGCUCAACUCUCGGAGGAAGCGCCGACGUUCCCGUGGUUGAUCUAAACAUUUCUGAUGAAGAGCUUUUGGUGCGUGAGGUGACGGAAGCGAGCCAAGAAUGGGGAGUUUUUCAGGUGGUCAACCACGGAAUUCCAACAGAGCUGAUGCAGCAGCUGCAAGUGGUUGGGAAGCAGUUUUUCGACCUUCCCGAGGCAGAAAAGAAAGCCGUGGCGAAAGAGGAAGACUUCGAAGGAUACAAGAGGAAUUAUCUAGAAGGCAUUGACGCUUGGGACGAACAUCUGUUUCACAGACUCUCCCCACCCUCAAUCAUCAACUAUAAAUAUUGGCCGAAGAAUCCUCCCCAAUACAGGGAGGUGAAUGAGGAGUACACAAGGCAUAUGAAGAAGCUAGCUGAAAAAAUUCUUGGUUGGUUAUCAGAGGGACUAGGGUUACCAGCCGUGGCGUUGACGCAAAGUUUAGGUGGCGAAACGGCAGAGUAUUUGAUUAGGAUCAAUUACUAUCCGCCGUCUCCAAAAUCGGAAUUAGCCUUAGGAGGCCCGGCGCACACGGAUAUAGGGGCACUCGCACUCCUCGUCCCCAAUGAGGUUCCUGGACUUCAAGUCUUCAAGGACGAACAAUGGUUGGACGUUGAGUAUAUCAACUCAGCUGUGGUUGUUUUCAUCGGCGAUCAACUCAUGAGGAUGACCAACGGGAGGUUCAAGAACGUUCUUCAUAGAGCAACGUUGAAUAAGGAAAGAUUGAGGAUUUCGUGGCCGGUUUUUGUUUCCCCUAGGCAUGAUAUGUUGGUCGGACCAUUGCCAGAGCUUACCGGAGACGAGAAUCCUCCAAAAUUCGAGACUUUAGUUUUUAAAGACUAUUCGCAACAGACGAUAGAAAACUGGGAGGUCGACUUGCAAUAUAGUUUAUAAAGAAUUCUCUCUACUGAAAACCCAAUGAACAAAGAAUCCUUCAAUACAAUUAUGAUGAAUAUGAGAAUCUUUCGUAUCUAUUUUUUAUUUUUAUUUUUUUUUGUAUAAGGCGAAGAUGAGAAUCUCGUGUCCUGUUUUUGUGGAUCUAGCCUUCUCACGAUUUCAGACUUUCGCCGGAGCUAAUUUCCGGCGACGAAAGUGCUUCCAAAGUGUUGAUGUGUUAAACCGACAAUAUAAAUAAACGAGUUUUAAUGGA